AUGGCACGUCUUGUAUCGGAUCGAGCUUUCUCUAAAACUGGUGUGGAUUAUGCCGGACCAGUGUCAAUCAAGACGUGGAAAGGGCGUGGUCAUAAGACCCAGAAGGGUUGGUUAGUGAUCUUCGUGUGCAUGGCCACGUCCGCUCUCCAUCUGGAAGCUGUUACGGACUACUCUACUGACGGCUUUAUCGCGGCCUACAGGAGGUUCGUGAGUCGCCGAGGAUACUGCAGACAUCUCUACAGCGACUGUGGCACAAAUUUCAUCGGAGCUGACAAGGAAUUGAAGAAGUUGUUCUCUGCUGGUACCAAGGAAUUCCAGCAUCUCUCUGCAGUAUGUCUCAAGGAUGGAACGAGGUGGACGUUCAAUCCUCCGGGAGCCCCUCAUUUUGGAGGGAACUGGGAAGCAGCGGUCAAGUCAGUGAAGUAUCAUCUGUCCCGAACGGUUCGGGAUACCACUCUCACGUUCGAGGAACUUUCAACGCUGCUGACCCAGAUUGAAGCAGUUCUCAACUCCAGGCCUCUACAAGCGCUCUCGGAAGACCCUGCUGACGUGUCCUGUCUCACCUCAGGACAUUUUCUCAUCGGAGAAGCUCCAAUAGCUCUCCCGGAGCCUAACCUAGAACAUCUCAACGUUGGACGGCUUUCAAGAUGGCAACUGAUUCAGCAGAAGCUGUAG